CUCUCAGUCCAGCUGCACUCCUUUUGAUCAUUCACAUUUCCUCCAAAUGCAUGUUGUCUUUAAUUAAUUGAGUGUUUCGUGGAAAGCGAGGUGGGGGAGACAGGCAGAGAACAGCUAUAGCUACACAAUUAAAAUACAAACCAAGUUUGCUGAGUUUACUGAAUACGAGUCCUGAAGUACUAACAAGCUUUUUCACGGUUAAUGUUUUGCUCUGAGAACAGACCCAGGAGCUGAGAUGGAGGGCAUGGAUUUUGACGAUGAGAAGUCCAAGAGGUACUGCAUGAAGGCAAAGCAUGUGGCUAUAAUCUGUGGCGUCGUGGUCGUUGUAGGUCUUGCUGUGGGACUUGGUGUGGGAUUGAGCAGACCUAAAUCUCAGGAACCUUCAGAAGGAACAGAUCAGCCAACAAACCCUCCUCCCCCGGUGGAUUUGGGUCCUUGUCCUGCUAAAAAUGAUGAAACUGGAGACUGGAGACAUUUCAGGCUACCCACUUAUGUCAAGCCUGUCCACUAUGAUCUGGAAAUUAAGCCUGAAAUGGAGACAGACAUUUACACUGGGACAGUCAGCAUAUCUAUUGCUUUGGAAAGAUCUACCAGCUACCUGUGGCUCCACCUGCGAGAGACCAAGAUUACAGAAAUGCCCACGCUCUGGAAAUCCUCAGGACAGCAGAUAGCUCUGAAUGACUGCUUUGAGUACAAGCCACAGGAGUACAUAGUGAUGAAGGCAGAAGCAGAGCUCCCUGUCACUGAUGAAAGUGAUCCCUAUGUACUCACCAUGAAGUUUCAAGGCUGGCUGAAUGGUUCCCUGGUUGGGUUUUACAGGACCACCUACACUGAGAAUGGACAGAUCAAGAGCAUUGCAGCUACUGAUCAUGAGCCAACAGAUGCACGGAAAUCAUUUCCUUGCUUUGAUGAGCCCAACAAAAAGGCAACUUACAACAUAUCCAUCAUCCAUCAGGAAGCAUACCAAGCACUUUCAAACAUGCCAGUACAGCAAACUGUACAGCUGGGUGGUGGCUGGAAUCGGACAACUUUUGAGAAGUCAGUUCCCAUGAGCACUUAUUUGGUAUGCUUUGCGGUGCACCAGUUUCAGUGGGUAGAGAAAAUAUCCGCUAGUGGAAAACCUCUGAGGGUUUAUGCCCAACCACUGCAACUACACACAGCAGAAUAUGCAGCAAAUGUAACAAAAAUUAUAUUUGACUUCUUUGAAGAGUACUUUAAUUUGAACUAUUCUCUUCCAAAACUAGAUAAAAUAGCUAUUCCAGAUUUCGGGACGGGUGCUAUGGAGAACUGGGGGCUGAUCACAUACAGAGAAACAAACCUGCUGUAUGAUCCCAAAGAGUCGGCCACUUCCAACAAACAGAGAGUAGCUGCUGUGGUAGCCCAUGAGCUCGUUCAUCAGUGGUUUGGAAAUAUCGUGACCAUGGACUGGUGGGAUGACUUGUGGUUAAAUGAAGGAUUUGCCAGUUAUUUUGAGUUCCUGGGAGUAAAUGCUGCAGAACCUGACUGGCAAAUGCUUGAACAGGUUUUAAUUGAUGAUGUGCUUCCUGUAAUGAAGGAUGACUCUUUGCUGUCUUCCCACCCAAUUGUGGUCGAUGUGUCAUCUCCAGCUGAAAUCACCUCUGUGUUUGACGGGAUAUCCUACAGUAAGGGUGCAUCAAUCCUCAGAAUGAUUAGGGACUGGAUUACACCAGAUCUCUUCCAGAAAGGCUGUCAGGCAUAUUUGAAGAACCACCAUUUCCAGAAUGCCAAGACACAACAAUUUUGGGAAGCUCUGGAAGAGGCAAGUAAUAAACCUGUGAAGGAAGUCAUGGACACAUGGACUAGGCAGAUGGGCUACCCUGUUUUGGAGAUGGAAAGUAAUUCAGUAUUCACACAGAAACGUUUUCUCUUGGAUCCCAAUGCAAAUGCUUCUCAUCCUCCUUCUGAUCUUGGUUACAAAUGGAAUAUACCAGUGAAAUGGAGACUUGGAAAUUCAGCAAAUUAUACUUUGUACAACAAAUCAGAUUCUGACGGAAUGACAAUAACAUCAUCUCCUAAUACUUUUGUGAACAUUAAUCCAGACCACAUUGGAUUCUAUCGGGUGAAUUAUGAUGGUUUAAACUGGGCCUGGUUAAGCAUUCUUCUGGACAGCAACCAAAAUAAUUUUUCAGCUGCUGACCGUGCAGGGAUUUUGGAUGAUGCCUUUUCUUUAGCAAGAGCUGGACUUGUGAAUUACUCUGUUGCCCUGGAGCUCACAAAAUACCUAACAAAUGAAAGUGACUAUUUACCUUGGCAUAGAGUUAUAUCAUCUGUAACUUACCUUGCAAACAUGCUUGAAGAUGAUACGAAUCUCUAUCCUCAUUUUCAGGGAUAUUUUCGCCACCUGGUAAAACCCAUUGUGGAUCAACUGCAUUGGAAUGAUUCUGGAGGCCAUUUGGAGAGGCUUCUUCGUGCAUCUGUUCUAGACUUUGCCUGCAGUAUGGGUGACACAGAAUCUUUAAACAACGCUUCUCAACUAUUCAAAGAAUGGCUUCAAGGAGAAACUAUUCCUGCAAAUCUCCGACUCCUGGUAUAUCGCUAUGGGAUGCAGACCUCAGGCAACGAGUCAUCGUGGAAUUACAUGUUCCAGAAAUACCAAGAAACUUCAUUAGCACAAGAAAAAGAAAAGCUGCUGUAUGGCCUGGCAUCAGUGAAGAACAUCACCCUUUUAGACAGGUAUCUGAAAUAUAUUUACAACACCAACCUCAUCAAAAGCCAAGAUGUGUUCACAGUCCUGAGAUACAUCUCCUAUAACACCUAUGGGAAAACAAUCGCCUGGGACUGGAUACGACUUAACUGGCAGUACUUAGUUGACAGGUUUACUAUCAAUGACAGAAACCUUGGUCGAAUAGUAACUAUUACCCAAACUUUCAACACUGAGCUCCAGCUUUGGCAGAUGGAAAAUUUCUUUGAGAAAUAUCCUAAUGCUGGGGCAGGAGAAUCACCCAGAAGUCAGUCAAUUGAGCAGGUGAAGAGCAACAUUGAAUGGCUAAAAGUAAACAAGGAGGAAAUACGAAUGUGGUUAGAAGACCAUCCGGUUCUUUAAAGUCUUACUUUGUUAAAAAAUCCAGGCACUAAUUCUGGGCACUCAGAUCCUCAGAGAUACUUAACAGUGUGGAUUUCUCACUUAGGUACCUUAGAGGACCAAGGCCUAAUAUUUUUUCUACGAACACUCAGGAGACCACUGCC